GGCAUGCAUAAAUUGUAUUAUGCCUCUGCUGACUCACCAUUCCGAUAUCAAAUUCAAAAAAAAAGGAACGAAUCAAAUUUGGUAGGGAUCAUUUGUUGCUGCAAGGGUCAAUGGAUUUUUUUUCUUUUCUCCCUCUCUUCUUCUAUGAUAUUGUGCGUAAAUAAAAGGAGACUCCUUGGUGCCAUUUUCAAACCCAAGAAAGGAAAAGAAAAUCAAGACUUUUUAGAACAUCUAUUAAAAACUAAAAAGACUUGAGUCUAUUUUUGCCCAACGGAUGAACCUUACCAACUGGGCCUUUUUUUGCCUGAUCGUCGCUUUUGGUUCGCAGCAGUACAAACGGUCGUGGGGAAUUUGGUGCGCUAGUCUUUGUUCCCUCCUUUUUUGUGUCAAUUAUAUUUCUUGCCAUUCCUCGCUUGGGAUCUCUCUGUUGAUUCUCCUUUUCAACUCUUCCAUCCUUUCAAAAGUAAAAUUUGGGUUUCUUGGAUAUCCUUCCUGUUGAUACCAGGGAAGCCGCACCAUGUCGGACGACGAAGCAGAUCCCGAAUUGCUCGCUCUCCUUCGUAAGUCGCUCGGGCUAGGAGGAGGGGCAGCAAACCCACGCGCUGCAGAGACCAAAGUUUUGGAAAAUGCGCAGUACGUCUUCGAUAACGCUAUUGACGUUGCAUUGAACUCCUCCAAGACCAAAGAAGCCGCCGAAACCAUUUGGCGCUUGAUGCAAAAGAAAGAGUACUCCACGCAGACAUGGUCGGAGCAUGAAUUACACCCCAAGGCUAAGGACGAAAGCACCGUCGAUUUCAUUUUCACCAUGGACCUGCUGAAUUUCAGUUUCUGGUCGGAGCUCCCGGAUGAGAAACGCUUCGCGAUUGAGUACCGUGGGAGGAGGUGGACCGGUUAUUGGAGCUUGGUCGCUGCCUUGCAGCGAGCUUUGGAUGAAGAGAUCCCUAUCACGAGUCCUUCUUUCUGGGUGAACAAGGAUGAAUGUUCUGUGUCCUUGCUCAAACAUGUAUUUCGAUCCGCAACAGAGGAGGAGAUUCCUCUGCUGCAAGAGCGCCUCUGCUGUCUACGAGAAGCAGGCCGAGUCCUCUGCGAGGACUUUGAGGGUAGUUUCAUCAACUGCAUUUACAACGCCAACUACUCCGCCGCAUCCCUUGUGAACCUUUUGGCAGAGAGUUUCCCCUGCUUUCGGGACGAAACCAGCUUCCAGGGACGGAGGGUCCGGCUCUUUAAACGCGCUCAGAUCUUAGUCGCGGACCUGUGGGCCUGUUUCAACGGCGAGGGCCUUGGCGAAUUUAGAGACAUUGACAAGAUUACGAUGUUUGCAGACUACCGUAUCCCUCAAAUACUAAACCAACUCGGUUGUCUCAUGUACUCACCACCGCUGGAGAGUCACAUCCGCCAACGGAAACUGAUCCCCAGCGGGUCGACCUGGGAGGUCGAACUGCGCGCAACCAGCAUCUGGUGCGUCGAAUUAAUUAGAAGAGAAAUCGAAAACAAACACCCAGAGGCGAAGCUAAAGAUAAUGCCUACACAAUUGAACGUUCACGCGGUCAAUCACGACCGCCGCCAAAGCCUCACCACAUCAGCACUAGACGAACAGAAAAAAUGCACGACACAAAAGCACUUUACACAAACUAGCACCGAUAAACCCGCUUCAUCGGGCGUGAAUGCGAUUUUGAUAGAUUUCUUCCUAUAUGACAUGAUGAAAGAGUUAGAAAGGGACGGAAAAGAGCAAAUGCCCCAUCAUCGCACAAGGAGUAUUUGGUAUUAAAGGUUAGAAGUACUUUCGCUUUAACUGUUGGUUUAUACCCCUGGCUGUCACUGUUAGGGAAUCAAGGUCCGGUGGCUUUGCUUUUGUUUCCUUUUUGUUUUGGGGGGGUGGGGUGUGCAUAGACAUUGAUACCAUAUAUUCGUUUCUGCGCUGGUAGCAGUGAUAAUCUUUCUGGAUUCGAGGUUGGUGUCAUACUUUCAGC